UGACCGCGGAGAAGCUGAAACUCUCGUGUUAUCGAGGAGAUGAUGGAGUUGUCUGUAUAUGACAUGAGCACAGCUCACAGGUGUUCACACGAGCAGAUGUCUCUGGCUGAGAUGCUGGAGGUUCAGGAUCACCCAGUGAGUGAGGAGCAGGCCUGGGCUCUGUGUUAUCAGCUCUGCUGCAUACUCUCUCAUCAGUCAAGGAGAACCGUCUCGUCUCCGGCCGCAGAGGCGGUGCUGUUCUCCGGGGACGGGAGCGUCUCUCUGCGGCAGAGGAACGGUACAGACACCGGUAAUUUGUUUGUGAUCGAGACAGAGGAACAGGCUGUGGAGUUUGUGGGCCGUCUUGUGUACUUGAGUCUGGACUGGGGUCUGGAGACGCAGGUGGAGCGUGAAUUGAGCGAGACCUUGGAGAUCCUGGUGUGUCAGAUGACCAAAGUGAACCUGGGCCACCGUCGGCCCAUCUGCAGCAUCACUGACGUCAUCCACGUUUGUAAGCAGCGCCUGUGUGAUCCGGGUCAGGCAGCGAAACACUACAGGAGUGUGUGUUGCAGUCUGUUCUCACACACUGUUGAACUGUGUCAGUAUCUGCAGAUCCUUCAGCAGUCCAGGAAGAGUUUGCAGAAACUGUUCGAAUCCGAGACCCAACUGGUUGCACAAGUGACCACAGACUGGGUGUCCUCGUGGAGGGAUCUGGUGGAUGAGUUGAGCAGAGGUGUGUUUCUGCGGCCGCUGGCUGAGAGACUGACGGCCAGCACAUGGCCACGGCCUGCGGAGAGCCCUCCCUUCAACCAGCUGCUGCGGGACAUCCAGAGCAGACGCUACUCACUGCGCAAAGUGCAGCUCACUGAUGUAGGAGGCCAAAGAAAACUAGACCCUCACCAGACUCUUCUAGAGUUCAUCCGCGCACGUCCAAAGUUGCGACCGGCGUCCGAGCGCAGGAUAGGCCUGAAGCCCAAGCAGCAGAUCAGUCUGCACGAGCUGCUGAUGGAGGAGAUUCGCUCGACUGACCGCUGCAGACGCCUGGCGAACAACACCGAGCACAGCAAUAAACGUACAGACACCGCAGUCCACAACGCUGGCCUUUACUCUUACUGUUUGAGCGUCGUCUCAUCUGAACGUGCAGUCAUGUCUCUCAAUCUGUCAGACUUCAGACUCGUCGCAGGAAAGCGCCGGACCAGAUCUUUUGCUAGCAGCCGGGAUCUCUUCAAAGUGGUGAAGAGCAGUAACAGGGGCUCUGUUCUCACCACUAUCGUCGACGUCAUGAAGAUGCACCGUUCUGAGGAGGAGGGAGAUGUGACGGAUAUGUCGUGUGAGAGAUAUCAGGACUGGCGGGUUUGUUCUUGCUGUGCGACGAGGAGCCUGUAUUUCACGUGGCAUAACGUCUGCUCUGUGUGUCGGAGGGUUGUGUGUCCCGGGUGUUGUCUAGAGAUGCGUCUGCCCUCCAAGCGCUGCGUCAACCUGCCUCUGAGCUUCUUCAAGCAAAUCGUGAUGAAAGAUGGCGAGCAAAGCCAGAGAAACUUCUGGAGUGAGCGCUGGUCCUGGAACUCAGUCUGGAUUCCUCUGGUCCUGGUGUCCAGCGGCUCCAGCUCCACAUCUCUUCACACUCUGGCCACGCGUGACUGGUACAGUCAGGACAUCUGUGUGCGCUGCCAGGAGGAUCUGCUGCAGGCGUGUGACUCGCGGCCGUCCCACUGUCCCGUCACAGGCUCUCAGGAGAUCUGAUGGCUCUGUCCUCUUAUCUGCUCCUUCAUUUGUCUAUCAGUGGUGUUCAUGUGUUUGGGUUGUUGGGCACCAUAUUGGUUCUAGAUGUUUGUUUUCACCAGUUGCAUAGUUCGUUAUAAGGUUUUACAUUAUUAACAAAUUAAUUAAAUGUGCUGAAUUUUUUCACUAACUUUUGUAUGUUGCAGUUUAAAGAAAUAAAGGCAAACCCCCAGUGAUGUUUCACAAUGGUUUAAAAAUAACUAAACCAAUAUAAAAGACAAAUUAAGUUUUGGUGUAGGAUUAUUUGGGAGUGUCACAUUUCAGUUAAAUGAUCCAAAUUCAUUUGUCAUGAAGAUCUUGAUUUCAUGCAAAUCUGACCAAUGGCAGAAGAGUUUGGAAAGAGGUGUGUUGUCUUUUUCUUUUCUUUUUUUUUCUAGGCAAAGAGGAAAUAUUGCAGGGCUUGACUGAACCAUUCAGAGGACAAUAAUUUAUAAGCUUUAUGGUUUUGAGCUAGUAGUGAAAUUUUAACUGAACACCUGUUAGUUGUAAGGUUCUGUCUGAUUGUGAUGUAAAAUCAAUUUUGGUUGCCAGUGCACCAAACCAGUCAAACAUGUUGUUUGGUUUAGUCUUUGAGUUGAGUUUAAUAAAUUGCAUGUGUACCCUAAAACCAUAAAUGAAA